AUGCUCCUCUCCUGUGCUCGCAGUUCCUCCUCCACAAGCAGAUCCGCUGCAAUUCGGCUUGCCAGGCGGUCCAUAGCGCUUUCCGCUGUCGAGGGGCCAAAGUACCCACCGCUUGUUCCCCAUACUCUGCCAGAAUACUUCGCGCAGGAGAUCCUGGGCAAGCACAGCUCGCGGCCUGCAUUGAUAUGCAGACAAGAGAGGCCGCGCCCGUACGGAGGGCCGAUUUCAUCCAACAUGGGUGUCGCGCGACACCUGGCAUGGGAUUUCGAGGAGUUCAAUAGGUACAUACAGGCGCUUGCUAGGGGGCUGUUGGAUCUGGGAGUGAAGAAGGGGGACCGUGUGGGGGUGGUGAUGGGCAAUAAUAGUGCAUAUGCGUCGUUGCAGUGGGCCUGUGCGAGCAUAGGCGCGAUUCUAGUGACGUUGAAUCCAGCAUACAGGCUACCCGAACUAAUCAGCACGCUGAAACUCGUCGGCAUCAGUCACCUCUUCGUCGUCCCACAUAUUAGAACGUCGGCCUACGUCUCCAUGCUAUCCGACAGGUUCCCGUCUCUCAAGUACGCAGAGCCUGGGGACAUACAGGAGGAAGCCCUCCCCGCAUUACGUCACCUGAUAGUAGUUGACAACACCGGUGACAUGAGGAAGUUCCAGGAGCACAUGGAUGACGUGAGGUGUGCAGUGGAUUUCCGCGAGGUGUUGGUAUGGCGGGACGAUGGUUCUGAGACGAAGCGCGUGGAGGAGAUCUCAGCGACGCUGCGAAACGAUGAUGUGAUCAAUAUGCAGUUCACUAGUGGUACUACCGGGACACCCAAAGCUGUCUGUCUCACGCAUCGAAACCUCUUGAACAAUGCGCUUGCAAUAGGGAGCAAUAUGCGCUUGACCCCUUCUGACGUAGUCUGUAGGUAUCUAACCUCGUUGCCUUUUUGUCUGCGAUAUAUACGCCUCGUCAUAGGUAACCUUGCCGCAUGGGCGCACGGAGCCUCCAUUGUCUACCCAUCCGAGAUCUACAGCGCACCCGCCAUCGUGGACGCCAUCGUCAGCGAGAGCUGCACUACGCUGCAUGGCGUACCGACGCACUUCCUCGGGGUGCUUGCGGAGGUGCUCGCUCGGCGGGAGGCGGGCGAUGAGGUCGAUACGCGGUCGCUCAGGACGGGCGUCGCGUCGGGCGCGCCGAUACCGAUUGAUUUGAUGAAGCAGUUGAUCGCGACGCUGAACUUGAGGGAUCUAACGGUGGCAUAUGGAAUGAGUAUCCCGGUAGCGUUUCAAAGCACGCCCGAUGGCCCGAUCAUCAAGCGCGUUGAGACCGUAGGUAGGCCACUGGCGCACGUGAAGGCGAAGAUCGUCGAUGAUGAGGGGAAUGUUGUUCCCAUCGGGCAGCCCGGGGAGGUUGUUGUGUCGGGAUAUUUGGUGCAGAAAGGGUAUUGGGAAGAUGAGGAGCAAACUAAGAGGGUGAUGCGGAGAGAUAAGGAUGGGGUUCUGUGGAUGCAUACGGGCGAUAAGGGUAUAUUGGAUGAGGAGCGGUAUCUGAGAAUUGUGGGCAGGAUCAAGGACAUUAUUAUCCGUGGUGGAGAGAACCUUUUUCCCGUGCAGAUUGAGAACGUGCUAACGGGACACCCCUCGAUACGCGAAGCUGCUGCCGUUGCAGUGCCUGACGUCCGUCUAGGCGAGGUUGUUGGUGCGUGGAUCGUGCGAGAAUCGAACACGAUGACGCUGUCGAGAGAAGAUGUGAGAGGAAUUGUUGCGCGGAGCAUGAACCCUCAGAAUGCACCGGCGUGGGUGUGGUUUGCAGGAGAGGACGGCGUACCGGAGGAAGUCCCCAAGACAGCCAGCGGAAAGGUCAUGAAGCACGUCCUCCGCUCGUGGAUCAAGGAUCUCGCAAAGCAGAAUGUCGGGCGGGUGGAGACGUCUAAAAGCAAUGACCGCAAUGGUGGGGCAGGCUCUUAUUCAAGAUGA